AUGUCCUUCCUUUAUUUGGUUGACGACACUUUCGAAAGGCUCCCCUUCACUCCAUCUCUCCCUACCACUGCGGAAGAUAAGGGCUCGGACAAAGGCAAAGGUCCUGAAGAGGCACUAAGCAUGGAAGAGGCUGUCGCCAACCUCACAGCCACGCUCGAUGCGAGCACCAUGACUGCAACCGGAGACAACUUGGAUGUUUUCAACUAUGGUCUGUCCUCGACCACCGAAGCCCCGGAUGCUUCUGUGCAGAACAAAGAUCGCACCGAGGAUGACAUUUCUCAUGCUGAGACUACGAGUGUGGAUUACAUGACUCCACAUGACGGAGACAUCGAUCCCACCCCUCGCAAUGUGGCCUUGAACACCAACGCCCCAGUUACUGCCGAACCAAACACCACCCCCGGUGCCGAUGCAACUUCUCGUGAGAUGAACGAGGAUCAGGAUGAACCCGAUACUGCUCCACUCCUCGAAGACCAGGGUAUCACCCCUAGCACUCUGUUCAAAGCCACAAAGCCUUGCAAACAGGGCCAGGAUUCCACUGAGAACGACCAAGCCCCAAGUACCUCCACGCCGGACAAUGGUCUUAACAAAGUUGACACCCGCCCAGACGAAGGCCAUCAUGCCAUUCUCGACCGAAUCGACAGAAGGCUUACAGAUGCUAUUCCCACUGCUCCCCUGAUUCCCAUGAGUGCAGCUUGUUUUUCCCAGUAUCUCAGAGCCUCCAAGACCAUGGCAGACGAAACCAGUCCUGAAGUCGCCCCGUACGCUUCAACAGUCGAAAACAAAGUCUCACCCACCCUCGACGACCCAGGGGCGUCUGGAGUGGAAACCCCCAGUGCCCCCAGUUACUUAUACGACGAGACCAAACACCAGCGACUUCGGCUCACGUACCCACGUGGUACUCGAUCCCGAGUCCGGGUCAAAGCAGCCACCCCAGUGCUCGAUGCCGAAUCCGUCGAAAAGCCCAUACAUGACGUGAACGAAGAAGGAGGCGGCAGUUUCUUGAGGGACAGUGAGUCCACCAGAAGGAUCGAAAUCCAUUAUCCCAAGGACGACCAAGCCUGGGUUGAGUUUGAAGGGUAUGGCAGUCAGGUGGAGAUUAUCUGGCGAGAAUAGAUUUGAGUUUAUGGCAGGCUGACAUGAUCCUAGCGCCGAAUACUAUUGUCGUUGGCAGGGAUGUCCACGUAGGAGGCCGUUUAGGGUUCCUGGACAUCUCAUGGAUCAUGUCAUGCAGCGACACUUGAUGCAUGAAGCUUUUGCUUCGAAGGAUAGUGCUAGAUAUCAGAAGGAUCUGAUUGCC